UUCAGCAAAAGUUUUCCUUCCAUAGUAAAGAGAUAGUGGCCAUCAGUUGUUCCUGGUGCAAGCUGGCGUUUCAUAACAAAGUCACCUGUUUCAUGCUACAUCACAUUGAGGAGCCGUGUUCCCUGGGGGCUCAUGCUGCUGUCAUUGUGCCUCCCACCUGGAUCAUUAAGGUGAAGAAACCUCAGGUGGUCUCCAUACCAGGAGACGAGCCUGAUUGGGCAGGAGACUGGAGCCCCGAAGGGGAAACGGGCGUCUCCUACCCCUUUUGGGAGGGUUGGCAGAACUCCUUAAAGACUUCAACACGGCGAAAGAAGAGAACGUCUUUUAAAAGAAAAGCCAGCAAAAGAGGCAAUGAAGAGAACAAAGGCCGGCCGUUUGUGAUAAAGCCCAUCUCCUCUCCACUCAUGAAACCACUGCUGGUUUUUGUUAAUCCAAAAAGUGGAGGGAAUCAGGGCACCAAGGUUCUCCAAAUGUUUAUGUGGUAUUUGAAUCCACGCCAGGUCUUUGAUCUCUCUCAGGAUGGGCCAAGAGAUGCGCUGGAGCUGUACAGAAAAGUGCCAAAUCUGAGGAUCCUGGCCUGUGGCGGGGAUGGGACGGUGGGCUGGAUCCUCUCCAUUCUUGAUGAGCUGCAGCUCAGCCCCCCACCUCCUGUGGCUGUCCUUCCACUUGGCACUGGGAAUGACCUUGCCCGCACCCUCAACUGGGGUGGGGGUUACACGGAUGAACCAGUGUCCAAGAUCCUCUGCCAUGUAGAAGACGGGACCAUUGUCCAGCUGGACCGCUGGAAUCUGCAGGUUGAGCGCAACCCUGAUUUGCCCCAGGAUGAGCUGGAGGAUGGGGCACGUAAGCUUCCCCUCAAUGUCUUCAAUAAUUACUUCAGCCUUGGAUUUGAUGCACAUGUUACACUGGAGUUCCAUGAAUCUAGAGAAGCAAAUCCAGAGAAAUUCAACAGCCGAUUUAGAAAUAAAAUGUUUUAUGCAGGGGCAGCAUUUACAGACUUUCUGCAAAGAAGCUCAAGAGAUUUAUCCAAGCAUGUUAAAGUUGUGUGUGAUGGUACAGACCUGACUCCAAAGAUCCAGGAGCUGAAGUUCCAGUGUAUAGUGUUUUUAAACAUACCCAGGUAUUGUGCUGGCACAAUGCCCUGGGGAAACCCUGGAGAUCACAGAGACUUUGAGCCUCAGCGCCAUGAUGAUGGCUACAUCGAGGUCAUCGGGUUCACCAUGGCCUCGCUGGCUGCUCUCCAGGUGGGUGGUCAUGGAGAGAGGUUGCACCAGUGCCGUGAGGUGACACUUUUAACAUACAAGUCUAUCCCCAUGCAAGUGGAUGGAGAACCAUGUCGAUUGGCUCCCUCACUCAUUCGGAUCUCCUUAAGGAACCAAGCCAACAUGGUGCAGAAGAGCAAGAGGAGAACAUCUAUGCCUUUGCUGAACGAUCCUCAUUCCAUCCCAGAUCGCCUGCGGAUCAGAGUGAACAGGAUUAAUUUACAAGAAUACGAGGGGCUACAUUACGACAAGGAAAAACUCCGGGAAGCUUCCAUUCCUCUAGGAAUUAUAGUUGUACGAGGAGACUGCGACUUGGAGACUUGUCGUAUGUACAUCGACCGCCUACAGGAGGACCUACAGUCAGUACCUUCUACUACACAGAGAGUUCAUUACCAGGACCAGGAAAGCUCUUUCCCCAGAGUCCUUUCUGUUCAGAGGCUCUCUCCUAGAUGGUGCUUCCUAGAUGCAACUUCUGCUGAUCGUUUUUACCGCAUUGACAGAUCUCAGGAACAUUUGCACUUUGUGACGGAAAUUUCGCAGGACGAGAUUUUUAUUCUGGACCCAGAGAUGGUAAUGUCACAGCAGGUGGGGACGCCACCAGGAAUGCCUGAUCUGGUAGUGGAGCAGGCCUCUGGAAUAUCAGAUCGGUGGAACCCUGCUGUGCGAAAGAGGAUGCUGAGUGACGGUGGCCUCGGCAAGAUCUCCCCCCACUACGAGGUACCUGACAAACAAAAGGACGCCAGCCAGACACAUAUGCUGCAGUCACCAGUUUCUUCAGAAGAUCAAGCACUUUUACAGGCUGCAAUAUCUGGUGAUCUACUGAAGUUCAUAGAAUGCUGUAAAAAAGGAGCCAAUUUGUUAAUCCAAGGACCUGAUCACUGCUCCUUGUUGCACCAUGCUGCCAAGACUGGGAAUGGAGAGAUUGUGAAAUACAUCCUGGAACAUGGUCCAUCUGAAUUACUGGACAUGACAGACAGUGAAACGGGUGAGACAGCAUUACAUAAGGCAGCCUGCCAGCGCCACCGUGCCGUCUGCCAGCUCCUGGUGGAUGCGGGAGCUUCUCUGAGAAAGACAGACUCCAAGGGUAAGACCCCUCGUGACAGGGCUCAGCAAGCUGGUGAUCCAGAUCUGGCUUCCUACCUGGAGAGUCGACAAAACUACCAAAUGGUUUCCCAUGAGGACCUAGAGACAGCAGUCUGAUGUCUGAAAAUGUCAAAGAGGAUCGCUGGAAAUCUCGAGGCUUCACCUGAGGCUCUCAGGCAUGGUGUGAGAAAGAAGCUGAUGGAAUCAACGUGUCUCUCACUCUAGUGGAAAAUACCUGAGGACAUGCCACCAGUUUCUAAGGGCUACUGAGUCUUGCCACAGAAUGGUUAGGUUCCAUAAGUUAGCCCAUGAUGGAUGAGGUGGGACACUCAAAGGUCUGUGGAAUCCAUGGGCCACGGAAAUUUACCUUUAUUGCUUCCAGCAAGUAGCAUGAACUUCUCCCAUGUUCAUCUGUACAAUUUAUUUAAAAAAGGAAGAGGAAGA